UUUCAACAGAAUGGGCGAAUUCAUUUCAAAUGACAAUUCACCUUUGACUGCGCGGUGGUUCCACGGUUCCAAAAUCCCCAAAUUCCUGGCACGUCCUUUUCAUCAGGACUCAGCGGCGGCAUUGCAGGGAGGAGACGGGCGUUGCCAGCGAGCCAUGGCCCAGCCUCUGCUCAAGAAAACUUUCUCCCGGCUGCGAUCCAAAAACAGAUCCCGCCGGAAGACGGACCCUCAAGUGAACGUUGCAUUUCAGUCCGAUGUUAUUCUCCACAACUCCAGUCCUCCCUUGCCAGGAAUGACAGGUAAAUCCAGGAAGGCAGCUGCAGACCCUCCAUCAGCGUCACUCAUCCACCCGGAUAAGAGCGUGUGGCCAGGUUCAGUAGCUCGGCCCACAUCACAAAACACUGAUUCCGACAGAAACUCAGAGGUUCCAAAGUUAAUCCAGGACAAGCCGGCAGGCGGAAGCACAACAAUCAGCAACAAGUUGUCUGGCAAGCGGGCCUACCUGCAGAGCUUGGAUCGCAGCAGUCGAGACUGGGUGCUGUCCUCUGGAAAGCCCGACACGUCAGACGAGACCUGUGGAUUGUGGCAGGAAAGCGGCAGUGACAUUUGGUACAACCCCAUCCCAGAGGAGGAGGACACGGCUGGACAAGUGUGGCUGAGGAGGGAGAUGAAGUCAGGCCAGUCAGAGACCAGAACACAACAGCUUCACGCUUGCAGAGACGGACCUUCUCUGGAAGCUAUCGGCCACCAUCUCGACGAAUUAACUGCAGAAAGCUCAGCCUCUCAGCCACUCUCUUCAAAGAAAGGGGGUGUUAUUGACCGGCUGAGGUCACCUGGCACAAUGAGGAAACUCUCGCUAAAGAUGAGGAAACUUCCAGAACUGACACGCAAACUCAGUCUCCGCUCCUCCCGUGUUGGACAAGGAAGUGACAGAGUGGCAGGAGGGGACGAAAGCACCAAUAAGAAUGCCUCCAAGCACAAUGUCAUAAGUCGAUAUCACCUGGAUAGCUCCGCCCCUCGUGCAUUGCCCCUGCGGCGGUCAUCGAGAGUUCGCUCAGCCACUAAAGGAGGUCAAGGAGGUUAUCUUAGUGACGGAGAUUCACCUGAACUGCUGCCACGGCAACCCGGUGAUUUGGCUUCAUUCCCACUCUACGUGAGCUCUGAACCGUCACGAUCCUGCCAGCGAAUAACGGGUCUACUGACUGUUCACCUUGUGGGCCUGGACCAGAUGAAGACAAAGAAGUCAGAUGAAAGCAAAGAGAUUUUUCUCGCAAUCCAGAUUGAUGGAAUCACUCGAGCCAGGACUUCUCUUCUUAACCUGCAAGGCCACACUAUUCCUCUAAAUCACACGUUCCACCUGGAGCUGGAGAGAGCGCGUCAACUACGAGUGGUGGUACUUUCAUCAGCUCAGCCGAAGUUUGACCAGAUCAGGAACAGAGUUUGCUGUCUCGGGGGAGUCACAAUCCCGCCACUCUUCAAAGGAAGUCGCAGUCAGCAGCUGUGUGUGAAGCUGGAACCAACAGGUCUUCUUUACAUAAAAGUGUCACUGCAGGAACAAUGGGACAUGCAGUUUGUCAGCAAGUCAACAGCCCCCGCUAAUGUGUUUGGGGUUGAAUUGCGCCACCUGGUGGAGGAAGAAGGAUCUGCUUCUGAAGUUCCUUUGCUCAUCCAGAAGACUGUGGCAGAGAUUGAACGGCGAGGACUGAAGGCUGUGGGUCUGUAUAGACUGUGCGGUUCUGCUGCGGUGAAGAAGGAGCUCAGGGAUUGGUUUGAGAGGAACAGUUCAGCCGUGCGCCUCGGUGAGGAUCUCUAUCCCGACAUAAAUGUCAUUACAGGCAUAUUGAAAGACUACCUGCGGGAGCUGCCAUCUUCACUCAUUACGACGACUUUGUACGAGGUUGUUACUGAAGCUAUGACCCGACGCCCCCCUCCCGUUCCAACGGUGAACCCUGACCCCAGGCUAUCUGAGAACACGGUGCAGCUACUGUCCUGUCUGCCAGCACCAGAAAAGUCCUCCUCAAACAGACCCAGGAGUCCUGGAGGGGUGACAGAGCGAAAGGAGGACAAAAAGGGGCGAAGGCUUUCAGUCAAGGAGAAGAUUCAGCUAGUGCGGUUGAUUUCAAGAGACACAUUGAGGCAUUGCACUACCUGCUGCAGCUGUGGCCAGUGCCGACUCAUCGAAUCCCAGCAGACGGCAGCGCUGAUGUCUCCUCUCCUUCUUCCCCCAUUCUGUGCCAUAAAAGCCCAGCCCAUUCUGUUUUAGAGGAGGAGGAAGAGGAGGACGAGGAGCAAGAGGAGGAGGAGGCGGUGGUGUCGCGUCGUGGCCGAGACGGUGUGGCACGCCUGGAUAGUCCACCCCCCAUAAACCGCUAUGCUGGUGACUGGAGUAUUUGCGGGCAACAUUUUUUGUCUGG